AUGGACUCGUCACGAACGUCGUCUCGUUCUUCGACGACAGAACUGAGCAUUGAGGAAGCGGAAAAGGUGGAGGCUGUUUUGUUGAAGGCUGGUUUACUACAUCUGAAACCUAAAUUUGUCCAGGAGAAAUUUCUGUUUCUGUCAUUCCAUUUCUGGAAAGCAAAGACUGGGAUCGUCUGGGAGUGUCUGCAGUUGGUGACCGUGUUAUUCUUGUUCAGCUGA